CGGUUUUCAAAACAUUGUAAAAAGAAGAAACCUAACUUUCGCCACUCGUUUCAAGGCUACAUACAUCUCUUUCUCCGGCGUAGCGUGCAGCCAAAUUGCCACCAACACCAAGCUUGCUUGCUUGUCAGUUUGGUUGAGCCCAUGGAUCGAUCUGUGAACCUCCUGGAUCUAGCCUUAGGGUUAGAUGAGCCAUCGCCACUGAGAGGGAAGGUAGUGCUGAUCGAGGACUGUGUGGAGACGAGUGGUUCGUUUGUGCUUCACCAGAUGAUGAAGCGUCUUCUCUCCCCUCAUUCCUCUGAUUCCCUUAUCUUUCUCGCCUUUGCUCGCCCUUUCUCUCAUUACGAUCGAGUUCUGCGUAAACUCGGAUGCAAUCUAGCUACUCAAAAGACAAACAAUCGAUUGGUUUUCGUUGACAUGCUCAUGAUGAAAUGCUCAGAUAAUGAGAGUGGAGUUGCAAAGCUAUUUCGGGAGAUACAAGGAACAGUUGGAAAGCUACGCAGUGUGACUAAUAGCAACAUAACUGUUAUGGUGGAUGACAUGUCUCUCCUGGAAAUUGCUGCUACCAAUAGCAAUUCAGAUCACGUCUUGGACUUCCUUCAUUACUGCCACACCUUAACUUCUGAAAGCAAUUGUUCGGUGGUCACUCUCAAUCACGAAGAUAUAUACUCGAGCAUGGAGAGACCUGCGUAUUUGCUACAGAUGGUAUGCCUUGCGGAUAUUGUGAUAAAAGCAGAGCCUUUAGCCUCAGGUUUAGCAAAUGACGUACAUGGCCAACUGACAGUUGUGAACAAGGGGAUGAUAAGCAGCAAGUCGGGAAAAGGAAGCUCGAGGAACAAGUUGCAGAAUUUUCAAUUCCGGAUCAAGGAAAAUGGUAUUGAGUAUUUCUACCCUGGUUGCAGCAGAAACUGAGAGGAUUUGGAGAUAGUUUUUUGACGGUUAUAAAUGUUGUAUGUUAGUGAGAUAUGCAGCUAAGACACGUGUGUGUGCGCUUUGGCAUAUGGAUGAGGAUUCUUUGACUUGGUCGAAACACUGUUUUUCUUCUUUAAAAUUGGUUUAAACGGGCUUUAUUCUACA